UUUUCAUGAUUUUUCUCUUUUUCAGAUUGAGGUUUUGAAUUUAACUGAUAAUAAGUUAUAUACAAUAGAUCCUUUGAGUUCAUUGGUUCCUGCCUGUAAACAAUUGAAAUCCUUAAUUCUAAAAAAUAACAAGAUUAAGAAUGCAGAUGACUUAAAUUCCAUAAAAGGAAUGGAGAUAAUUGAAUUGGUGUUAGAUGGUAAUCCUUUGUGUGAUGAAUUUAAGAGUAAAAAUUCUUAUAUCAGUGCAGCUCGAGAACGUUUCCCUAGAUUGUUAAGUUUGGAUGGACAUCAACUACCUCCUCCAAUUGGCUUCGAUCUUGGUGUAGAAACGUGUCCGGAAUCAAAGAAAUGUUUCUUUGCAGAAAGUGGAAAUUCUACUCACAAAGACUUGGUGAUACAAUUUUUGGACCAGUAUUAUACCAUUUAUGACUCCGGUGAUAGAUCCAGGCUUCUUGAUGCUUAUCAUGAUCAGGCUAACUUUUCACUUAGUUUAGCAAGACAUUCACAUAAAAAUAGUGGUGGCUGCUUAUCUGCGUACUAUCAUGACAAUAGAAAUUUACUUAAAGUUACUGAAACAGAGCAAAGAUUCAAGUUACUUAAACAAGGUAAAUUGAGUAUUGUAUCCACUUUGUCUGAGAUGCCGCAAACCAUGCAUGACCCAACUUCAUUCAGUGUGGACAUUUUUCAUUUAUCACCUUCCUUAAUGAGUUUUGCUGUAACUGGAGUCUUCAAAGAAGUUGGAGCAGACAUCAACAAUGCUGUAUUAAAAACCUUCAACAGAACAUUCAUUGUUGUGCCACAUAGUAGUAGCAUUGCUAUAAUCAAUGAAACACUAUACAUUGCUCCUGCAAACCAAGACCAGCAAGAAAAGGCUUUCAAAGUUCCAGCUCCCACCCCAUCUCCCAGUCCUGCUCCAUCUACUGAGGAGAAAAAUCCUGUAGAAAAGCAGAUGAUGGUAUUGGAGCUUACUAAACAAACAGGGAUGAACUUAGAUUUCUCAACAAAAUGUUUAGAAGAACAUGAUUGGGAUUAUCAAAGAGCGGUGGCUGUGUUUAUGAAAUUCCAGAGUGAAGGAAAAAUUCCACCUGAAGCUUUUAUUAAAACAGAGCAACUAUAGAAAUAACUGUUGUGUGUGUGACUGAACAUUGACAUAACAUUUUGUAAAUACGGCACUCAGUUCAUUUGUAUAAAAUCUUAGUAAAUAUGCAAGUGCUAGUUUUUAUUCGUAUGCUGAAAGCAAAACCACAUUAAGCUAAAAUCAUUUCAUUGUUAGAUAUUUGUAUAUAAUACCUUUUUUCAAAAAAAAAAAAACUAUAAAAUUUUAUCUUAUCCUGCAUUUUUAUUUAUUUAUUAUUUUCUUGAAAUGAAAGGUAGUGAAAGUGUUUCAUAAAAAUGUUUAAUAUUUCCAAUAAUUGAUGGGUUACUGAUGUACUUCCUUUUCGUGUGGCCUUUUUUUUCUUCUUCUCCCUAUUGAUUUUUAGUAAGUACCCGAAUUGCUGAAUCAGAGCUUUUAGCGGAAAUUUAUUUAUGGCGAAGAAAACCCCAGAAAAAUAAGCAUAAGGUACCCAGAAUUCUAGAGCUACCACUCUUUUAAAUGUCUCUUCACCUCCUGAUUCUUUGCCAUAACAGUGAGAUAAAAAAAGCCAAAAUUGUUCUUUUAUUAAAUAAAAGCUAAUAAUAUUUUUGUUUAAUGGUGUAAAUAUCCAAAAACUUCCAAGGAAAAAAAAACUGAAACUGCAUUUAUAAGUAGAAUGAUUUAGUAAUUUUAAAAUAUCUAUUUAAUAAGGCAAUCAUUUUCAUAGGUAAUAAAGCUAAAAUGAAUUGUUAUGCCUGAUCUCAGGAUUAAUCAUGCCGAUCAGCAAUCCAGGUACCUCUAUGGAGAUUA